UACAAGAGACCUCAAGAACUCCUCUCAUGUCUUCCACCGUAAUAUAAAGUUGUGUUCCAUAAGCUUCCUGGCUCCCUCGGGAGGUUCAUUUGAAUCAGCUUGUGACAUUCCGCUGUCUCAGACACUCACUCUCGACUCUUCUGCUUCAAGCCAAUGGCGGCGUGGACAGCUGUGGCUCGUCAAGCUGGGAACUUGACUCGGCUUUCCUCUCCCGCUCCUCUGGCUACUUCUCUAAUCCAUCGGCGAGGUCUAGCCAGCGGUGGCGAUCAUCAUGGACCUCCGAAGGUGAACUUUUGGCAGGAUCCCUUGAGCCCAUCCAAAUGGAAAGAAGAGCAUUUUGUUAUCGUCUCCCUAUCUGGCUGGGGCUUACUCUUCUAUGGGGGCUAUAAGUUUUUCACCAAGGGCAAGAAGGACAACAAAGAAGAGGUAUUUGAUUAUAUCCUCAAUUUAUUAGCUUGCUAUUUUUUUGGGUCUUUUUCCCCCACUAUUUUUGUUGUUGUUGUGGAUGCGGGCAUGCCUAUAGUCAUUCCUAUAUCCUUUAUUCGCCUUCAUCUAACCUAUCAUUCCCUUGGUGACAAUGGCCAUAAUAAAAAAUUUGUUUGACUUAAUCCUUUUUGUGAACAUUUUUUUAAUUCCAUGGAUCAAUGUUUUAGCAUGAUAAGGAAGAGCAAAGCUGUUUUUUGCCAUGAUGAUUUAGCAGGCAUGAAAAAGAACUUCAUUUUUCCAGUUUGGAUCUCAUAUUUAAUUUCCAGGUAUUUAGGCAAGCAAGGCAAUUUUUUUUCUGCUGUGCUGAAAUUUCUGAUUCCAUAUUUUAUGUUGAUCUGUAUCAUGGUGCCAGUUAAUUUCCCAAUUGAUUUAUACCAUUGUGCCAGUUAGUUUCCUCAAUGCCGGGCCAUCAUGAAACUUACCACCAUUGGAAUGGUUAAACCCAUCCAAAAUGCUACUGGAAAUCACUAUAAUCUUUCUGAACCUGACUUGCCUCAUCUCUUGGCAGAAAGUUGGAGAUGCUUCCCAUUAGAUUGGCGUCGGUUUCAUCAUCCAGAAAUAAAGAGGUUUUCCAGGGCUAAGAAGUAGCUCUAGGGCUAGAGGGUGCUUUAUAUGUUGACAGAUUCCGGUUUUGGGUAGUUCCGGUUGUACAUUACUCUUGGAAAAUAUGGUAUGUGAUGAAUGCUGAGACCCUGAUCAUUUUCUCUUCUGCUUGUCCCUGUGGCCAUGAUGAUAACCUUAUUGCAUUCUAAAUACACAUCUUAAGAGUUAA